AUGCCACUGCCUUUUCCAGAUAUUUGUGCUCGUCUUUUUGAUGGAAAUAGUGCCACCGGUAAUUUUAGGAGUUACUCAACCCAAUCAUCUUCAGUAGCUGGAGCAUCCUCUUGUCGUCUUCCACCACUUCAGAUUACCGCCACCCCUUUUCUUGCAUUAGAUGAUAAUGGUGAUGACACUUCUCAUCAUGCUAGUGAGACUUUUCAUGAGGCUAAACCCUCAACUCCUAAAGCUCCUAGUACCUCACCGUCUGCUUCUUCACCGGAUGGAACUUCUGUUACUGCUGACGAUUUAGCAUUUGAAAUGAAAAAAGCUCUACAAAGUUUGACUAAAGGGUAUACAAUUCCUCAAUGUUUAGAGAAAUUAGAGGUGCUACAGUUAGGCCCUACAGAGCCUUUACGCUUUGUUGCAUAUCAUAUUUUUGGUGGGACUAUGAACAUGAGAGAGAUGUGGAUGCAUUUUCCCGAUGUUCCCGAGAUAUUACGAGGAUGGCUUGAGAUGACGGGUACAAGUUUAGGAGUUUUGAAGGACGGAAAGAUUGUCCGAUGA